GCGUGUUUCCUUAUUCGCUUUUUUUCUUUUUCCCAAAAGUUGAUUUAAAAAUUAGAAAUGUCAUCAUCUAAAGUAGAUCCCCGUAGAGAAGAACGUAUUGUACCCUUUCAUCUUCCUCCAAAGGGUGAGGAAGAGGAAGACUAUAACCACAUUUUAGCUACUUUUGUUGCAAUGGGUAGUAUUAUGACAAGAAACCGCUUUAAAAUGCUUCCCUGGGUUGCCGCUUACUUCGGUUUUGUUGCAACAUUGAACACUAGAAAAACUUUAAAGUCAAAGGACUCUAUGGGCGGCAGUGGUGCUUUCCUUGCUAUCAUCGCUCUCUUCACCUAUUAUCUCAAUUUGUAUCUCGUGCAUAAAAAAUCAUUGGAGGCUAUUGCCGCUGGUGAUUCAUUUAUUUCUGAUCCUGUCUUUAAUUAAUCCGUACCAGCGUGUAACAAUAAACAACGCUUAUAAAAUCAUUUGGCUUAUCCUCGUAGGUAAUUACACGUAUAUGGAGUGAAUUUUAGGCAUCAAGCGAAAGAGAAUUUAAAUAUAGUUAAACAUGAUGUAUCUUUAA